AUGGAUAAAGUAAAAUCACUCAUUAGUAAUUUAACAAUGUCAACAAAUGCUGACGAUCUUUCACUAUCUGAUCAAAUUCGUCAUCGUCUAUGUAAAAUUGACGAAUUGGAAAAUGGACAAAUGAAAGAAUUUGAAGUAAAAACACCAACGGUUGAAGCAACCGUUUUGUUGCUAAAACAAAAUAAUCGUUACUAUGCACUAUCAUCUAAAUGUGCACAUUAUAAAUUACCAUUAGUGAAAGGUGUUUUUGUAAAUGGACGAAUACGCUGUUUUGCUCAUGGUGCUUGUUAUAGCGUGGAAACGGGUGAUAUAGAAGAUCAUCCUGGUCACGGUAGUUUGCAAAAAUACAAUGUUGAUAUUGUCGAUGAUCAAGUGAUAUUAGUGGCAAGAAAACAAGAUUUAGAAAAAGUCGAAUGUACAAAUAUACCUGAUGAUCUCCAGUGUGACACAAAAGUAACGGUGUUAAUUAUCGGAGCGGGAGCUGCAGGAUUUACUUGUGGUGAUACUCUACGACAAAAUGGAUUUCGCGGACGAGUUGUAUUGUUCACAAGAGAAGGAUCGUUACCUUAUGAUCGUGUACAAUUAUCAAAACAACCAUUAAAACCACCUAAAGAUUUAUUAUUACGCGAUCAAACCUAUUUUAAAAAAGCUAAAUUAGAUUUAAAUUUGGAUACCGAAGUAAAAUCAGUUAAUUUUCAUGCAAAAACUGUUACAUAUCAAACACUUGGUAAACAAUUAAAAUCUGAACAAUAUGAUUAUCUUGUUUUAGCAACGGGAUUACGUCCACGACCAUUACCUAAAAAUACUAUUGGAGGUGAAUUACGUGGUAUUCAUCUUUUACGAUCAUUGGAAGAUGCUCAUAAUAUCGUUAAUAAAGUUAAACAUUCACAAACGAAGAAUAUUGUUAUCAUUGGACAUUCUUUUAUUGGAUUGGAAUUAUGUGGAUGGUUAACGACAGGUUUGGCGGGUCCUGAACAAAAGAAAAAUGACAAUAAAGAAUCGACAGAAGAAAAGAAACCAGAAGAAACUAAAAAUAUCACUGUUGUCAUGCGAGAAACUGUACCAAUGAAAAAAAUAUUUGGUGAAAAAGUUGGUCGAGCAUUACAACGUAUUCAUGAAAAAAAUGGUGCACGAUUUAUUCCUAAAGUAGAAGUUCAAGAAUAUACCGGUGAAAAUAAUGUGUUAACUCAUGUUCAUUUGUCUAAUGGUGAAUCGAUUGCAUGUGAUAUGGCCAUUAUUGCUAUUGGAUCGGAGCCAUGCACUGAAAUAUAUAAAAAUUCACCAAUUGAUAUGACCAAGGAUAAUUAUAUACGUGUUAAUGGUGGUUUAGAAACAUCCGUUGAAAACGUGUUGGCUGUUGGAGAUAUUAUUGAAUUUCCACUGAAAAUAUUUAACUAUGAUCAAGGUGUUCGAUGUCAACAUUGGCAAAUGGCUUGUAGUGAAGGUCAUCAAGCAGCUGAUACAAUUUUACAUAAAUUAGGUUAUAAUUCGUCAAAUCCAAAUCCACAAAAUGAACGCCCAUUGAAGCAAGAAUUUUUCACUGUUCCCAUUUAUUGGACAACUCAAAAUAAAAAAACAACAAUUCGCUAUUGUGGCUAUGUAACGGAUACUGAUAAUUGCAUUAUUCACGGUGAUUUAGAUGGAGACUUUAAAUGGGUUGCCUACUAUUUGGUUGAUGGUUAUGUGCGAGCUUGUGCACAAUCACAAUUAGAUCCAUUAACAUCUGAAGUAGCUGAAGUCUUUUAUCAAAAACGAAAUAUUCGAAAAGAAGAUAUUGAACAUGAUAUGUAUGGUUAUCGAAAAUAUUUAAAUAUUAAAAUUAAUCCUAAAUAA